CGGCGCCUCCCUCCGCUCCCGGGCGCCGCAGCCACCCCAGCGGCUCCAGACCCCGCACUCGCCGCUGCCUUCACCUUCACCUUCACCGCCGCGCGCCAGAGACGGAGAGAAAUCAAAAGAGGAGGGGGAGAUAGAGAAGAAGAGAGAAAGAAAGACACUACUUCACCAUUCAUGAAGCUUUCCCUCUGCAGGAAGGAAGACUGUGGGCUGAGUUUCCAGGGAUGCUACCAGAGCCCAAGGCUGUUAGCUAGCCCUGCCUAGAUGUGCUGCUCUAAGAGGCAGGACAUGAUGGAGGAUUUCAAGUUGAUGGAGUGAAUUUGCUAGAAUUGGCAUCAGAUUUGAAACACUACAUGUGACCUUUGAUAUAUGUUUAAGACAGAGAGUUUCAUGUGGGAGAUGAAAAUGCCUGGAAGAUUUUCGUUUCUGCUACUGUUUUUCCUGUCUUUUUGCAUCUCUGCCUGAUUUGGAUGAUAUGACACUCACAAACACAUCCUGAUCAGAGUGGAUCUUCAAAGAGACACAUUUGUCCACCAAAGGUAAAUCUCCAGUCAAGAUGGCCAGCCAGCCACCAGAUGACACUGCAGAGUCUCAGGUCUCUGAUGAACUGGAGUGUAAGAUCUGUUACAAUCGCUACAAUUUGAAACAGAGGAAACCCAAAGUGCUGGAGUGUUGUCACAGGGUUUGUGCCAAAUGUCUCUACAAGAUCAUUGACUUUGGGGACUCUCCACAAGGCGUCAUCGUCUGUCCUUUCUGCCGAUUUGAGACCUGCUUGCCAGAUGAUGAAGUGAGUAGCCUGCCUGAUGACAACAACAUUCUUGUAAACUUGACUUGUGGAGGCAAAGGCAAGAAAUGCCUGCCAGAAAACCCCACUGAGCUGCUGCUGACCCCCAAGAGGCUGGCAUCCCUGGUCAGUCCAUCUCACACAUCCUCCAACUGCUUGGUCAUCACCAUCAUGGAGGUGCAGAGGGAGAGCUCCCCAUCUCCGAACUCUACUCCUGUGGUAGAGUUUUAUAGGCCUGCAAGCUUUGAUUCAGUCACCACUGUGUCACACAACUGGACUGUGUGGAAUUGUACAUCCCUGCUUUUCCAGACAUCUAUCCGGGUAUUGGUUUGGUUGCUGGGUUUGCUCUACUUUAGCUCCUUACCCUUAGGGAUCUACUUACUGGUAUCUAAGAAAGUCACCCUUGGGGUUGUCUUUGUCAGUCUAGUCCCUUCCAGCCUUGUUAUUCUUAUGGUGUAUGGAUUUUGCCAGUGUGUUUGUCAUGAAUUUCUAGACUGUAUGGCACCUUCUUCUUAAUUGCUCUGUAACCGAAGAAAUUUGACAUCUUUUGCCAUGUUGGAAAUUGUGAAAUGCAUCAUUUAUUUUCUCUUAUAUUUUCUAUGAAUAGUGUCCAUGACAUUAACAAAGCCAUUGGCCAUAUGUUUGUGGUCUGUUUCCCAUCAAAAUAUUGAUUAAUUGGUUUUCCAAUUAAGCAAAAAUAAUCAUAUUUACUUAGAUGUUAGCAAAAAAAAAAAAAAGAGAGAGAGAGAGAGAAAGAAAAAAGGAAAAAGAAAAGAAAAGCAAAAAUAUAUAAGCUAAAAUCUAUAAGCUGGAGUUCUCCUGUGUCUUCUCGGAGAAAGGGCAGGGUCUUUCACUUAGUGCUGCUAGACAGAUGACAGGGGCGAGCUGUGUUAUGCUGCGGUCAAGUCUUUGUGGCAGAUUAGGGUGAAAUGAUUUCUUUUAGUCAUCCAUACUCUGACGGAGGAGGGUAAACACAAGAAGAAAGCUGUUCUGAGGUACAUUUGUUUGCAAAGGUGCACUCCUCCAUACCCCACCCCUCAUUCUUAUUGGACCGAACACCAUGAUUACUCAUAAAGUGUUUUCUCUUUUAGAUUAUGUCUUUCCCCAUGGUCUGCUGCUCCAGUGGAGAUGUUAAUCUCUCUAUACAUUCUCCCUUGCUAAGAGGAAACAACCACUUUCUCUUGUGUGGUUUCCUUUAAAUACCAUUUUGCCACAUUACUAAAGAGAAUUAAAAACAUUGAGGAAUGAAUGUCAACUUCAUGACAGAAAAUAACCAUUUGUUUUGGAGAUACACCCUUCCUGAAUAUUGAUUUUUCUCUCUUUGGUUUUCUUUGAAAUCCUUACAGAGCAGUUGACACUUAUAAAAUUCUUCAUUUGAGGGGCCAGGCAGUGGUGCACCUGGUUAAGCUUACACAUUACAAUGCACAAGUACCCAGGUUCAAGUCCCUGGUGUCUCUCUGUUUCCUUUCUUCUCUCGGUUUCUCUUUAUCUCUAUCCAAUAAUAAAAAAAUAAAUAUAUAUAUAAAAUCCUUCACUUGAGCCUUUAAAAAACAUUUUAGUUUAAUUUUUUUUAAAAAAAAUAAUAUUGUUUAAUCAGUCCUACCUUUUAUCCUAAGGUUUCACUUAAAUUAUACAAUGUAAAUCUAUGAAGAUUCUCCCCACUGUCUUUUAAAUUUUAUUAUACACUUAAUUCCAUAAUAACAGAGUAAAUUACAACAGUGACAUCCCAGAUACAUUAAAAUGUUCUAAUUUACAGGUGAAAGUGCUGUGACCCUACAUAUUUUGCUUUGCUGUAGUGAACUGUACUAAUAUAUAGUAUUUUAGAUUUAUGUACAAGACUGUUGCAGUAAGGUAGGCAUACUUUGGGCAAGAAACAAACAAACUGGUGCCCUUCUUGAAAAGACAUUCCAAGGAAAUAAAAUAGAGGUGGCUGAAUGCACCUUCAGAUGUUGCUAACCCUGUUGUUUUUAAGCCCAUUUUCCGAGCAGGUUCAAGAUCUUACACAAUUUAUUUUAAAAGUUUUAAAAAAACAACUAUGUGACUUGAGCUAAUAAAACUUGUUUGCAUAAUGUAUGGGAAGUUGAAUGUAUAUAUUUAUGAGAAGAAAUUUUUGGUAGCUUUAGGUCUGGGGGGGUUGAAUGUCUAUAGAAAAAUAGGCCCCCAAAAGGGGCAGGGGUGAGGGAGACAAACUUUUUUAGUCUCUAAAGCCCAUUUUUGAUUAUUAACAUUAAACUAUAACUUUUAGAAAGAGACAUCAGUAAAACUGUAGUAACUUGUUUGUAAUAAAAUAUUUGUUGUGCAA